GACAUCUUCAGUGGUGUCACAGUCACUUCCAGUAACCGUAUCGACGACUCCUCAACAUCUUGGAGUUGGUCGUCCUCAUACGAUUUGAGUAUGUCGAAAACAGCGAAGGCUCUUGGAGAUCGCGUCACUUUUCAAUAUGGUGACGGCACAAGGGCAUCUGCGGUUUCCUUUCGCGAUGAUGUCAUCGUUGAUCAACGCGCAACUACUACAAGCGGAAAUGCACGACGAAGAGGAGGUGGGUCUUUCAGUGAAAAUAGAGGCUCUUUCAGCUCUAAGAGAACGAGUCUAGUAUCGCAUAAUGCUGCACAGCAAAUGCAGGAGGCAGAAGGUGAUGCUGAUAGAAGUAAUAAGGACGAGAGCACGACGUGCAGUACUUCUUCGAAGUCUCAGAUAGCAGAUGCUGUAGCUGUACUAGCAGAUGAAGGUGGU